GCUUGACUCAUCGAGCAGGUUGCGGAUGGUUGUGUUGUCAUCGGAAUGUCCAUGCGGGAAAUCCUAGGCGAGGCGGUUCUGGCUCAUUCAGGCGGCUUCGCGGUGCCGCCAGAAUACUCUCGCAGGCCCUUUAGCGCCGCUUCCACCAGAUUCUGAGAGCUUCCACACCACGGCACAGCUCAACAAUGUUGCAAAUAUAAUCGUUCACCACACCGAUUCUUUUCCUUUUGAUCAUUUACAAUUUCCUACACUCCUCCUUCUCCCACUGGUCUUUUGUCAAAUUUGCAGACGAAAGAACCUCACAACGAUAAUUUCUUCAAUUCCCCACUUCUCACAAAUUACACCACAUCAACAUGGCGCCCGCGAUUGGUAUCGACUUGGGUACUACCUACUCUUGUGUGGGUAUCUACCGUGAUGACCGCAUCGAAAUCAUUGCAAACGACCAGGGUAACCGAACAACACCCUCGUUCGUUGCCUUCACCGACACCGAGCGUCUCAUUGGUGAUGCCGCAAAGAACCAAGUCGCCAUGAACCCCAUCAACACAGUCUUCGACGCCAAGCGAUUGAUCGGCCGAAAGUUCACCGACGCUGAGGUCCAAGCCGACAUGAAGCACUUUCCCUUCCAGGUUGUUGAGAAGGCGGGCAAGCCCAACGUUCAGGUCGAAUUCAAGGGCGAGACCAAGACUUUCUCACCAGAGGAGAUCUCAGCUAUGAUCCUCACCAAGAUGCGCGAGACUGCCGAGUCAUAUCUCGGAGGCACCGUUAACAAUGCUGUUGUCACUGUCCCUGCAUACUUCAACGACUCUCAGCGACAAGCCACCAAGGACGCUGGUCUCAUCGCCGGCCUCAACGUCCUCCGUAUCAUCAACGAGCCUACUGCCGCUGCCAUCGCCUACGGUCUCGACAAGAAGCAGGAGGGUGAGCGCAACGUGCUUAUUUUCGAUCUCGGUGGAGGAACUUUCGAUGUGUCUCUCUUGACCAUCGAGGAGGGUAUCUUCGAGGUUAAGUCCACUGCCGGUGACACUCACUUGGGUGGUGAGGACUUCGACAACCGACUCGUCAACCACUUCGUCGCUGAAUUCAAGCGCAAGUCAAAGAAGGAUUUGACUUCCAACGCUCGUGCCCUCCGUCGUCUGCGCACUGCUUGCGAGCGUGCCAAGCGCACUCUCUCUUCGUCCGCUCAGACCUCCAUUGAGAUCGACUCUCUCUACGAGGGUAUCGACUUCUACACUUCCAUCACCCGUGCUCGUUUCGAGGAGCUCUGCCAGGACCUCUUCCGUUCCACCAUGGAGCCCGUUGAGCGUACCCUUCGCGACGCCAAGAUCGACAAGUCAUCCGUCCACGAGAUUGUUCUCGUCGGUGGUUCCACUCGUAUCCCCAAGAUUCAGAAGAUGGUGUCUGACUUCUUCAACGGCAAGGAGCCCAACAAGUCCAUCAACCCCGACGAGGCCGUCGCCUACGGUGCCGCCGUCCAGGCUGCUAUUCUCUCCGGUGACACCUCCAGCAAGUCCACCAACGAGAUCUUGCUUCUCGACGUCGCCCCCCUGUCCCUCGGUAUCGAGACUGCCGGCGGUGUCAUGACUCCUCUCAUCAAACGCAACACUACUAUUCCCACCAAGAAGUCUGAGACCUUCUCCACCUUCUCUGACAACCAACCUGGUGUUCUCAUCCAGGUGUUCGAGGGCGAGCGCGCUAGAACUAAGGACAACAACCUCAUGGGUAAAUUCGAGCUCACUGGUAUCCCACCAGCACCUCGUGGUGUUCCUCAGAUCGAGGUUACCUUCGACCUUGACGCCAAUGGAAUCAUGAACGUCUCUGCUCUCGAGAAGGGUACCGGAAAGACCAACAAGAUCGUCAUCACCAACGACAAGGGUCGUCUGUCCAAGGAAGAGAUCGAGCGCAUGCUUGCCGAGGCUGAGAAGUACAAGGCUGAGGACGAAGCUGAGUCUGCACGAAUCUCAGCCAAGAACGGCCUCGAGUCAUACGCAUACUCCCUCAAGAACACCCUCAGCGACAGCAAGUUUGAGGAGAAGCUCGCUGCUGACGACAAGGAGAAGCUCAAGGCCAAGAUUGACGAGACCGUCACUUGGCUCGACGACAACCAGACCGCUACCAAGGAUGAGUACGAAUCCCAGCAGAAGGAGCUCGAGGGUGUCGCCAACCCGAUCAUGAUGAAGGCCUACCAAGACGGUGGUGCUCCUGGCGGCAUGCCCGGCGGUCCUGGCGGUUUCCCUGGCGCCGGUGGCCCGGCCGGUGGAGCCAGCCACGAUGACGGCCCUACCGUUGAGGAGGUUGACUAAAUCAAUCACCCACCCUCACGGCUGUAAUUCUUGUUUGCAUGGAGCAUGGCGUUUCUUUACACGGUCGGAAAAAAAUUGGGCAAAAAGCCCUCUCACGAUGCAUGAAUGAUUGCGAAUGUAGCCAAGGCUACCUCUAGUUAGAAUUUCCAAUAUGAUGAAAUCCAAUUCAGU